UAACAGCAUGGCGAAGCAAGCAAGUCAACAAUCCACGUCAGAGGAGACUCUGGAAAGGACUGUCAGUGAAAAUGGGAUCAAAGUUACAAUAAAAUCUAAUCACCUUUCACCAGGAAAGACCAAUUCAUUUUUCAACCCCAAAAUGCGACAAAAUAGGGAGUUAGUGUUGUGCUCUCUUGCAACGUUUGCUGGUGAAAGUGAUGGACCAUUAGAAUGUCUGGAUGCAUUCGGAGCUACAGGAAUUAUGGGCUUACAAUGGGCCAAACACUGUAAUGUACGAGUAGUUAUCUCCGAUAUCAACGAAGAAUCCACGAAUCUGAUCAAGCACAACUGUCGAGAAAACAAGAUGAAUGUCAAAGGUGAUGAUGAUGUCAGUGAAAAUCCCUGUAUUGAAGUUGUUACAUGUGAUGUAAAUGUCUUGAUGCAUCAAAGGGCGUUUGAUUUCAUGUAAGAUUUUACUCCAU